UCUUUGCUUGGAUAAACUGUGAAACUGUCACUGUCAGGAAUACUUUAUACAUGUAUUUUCAUAUUCUCCUUUGAGCUUUUUGUGGAUAAAAUAAUGUUUGUGCAUUUAUAUAUAAAACGAAAUGUUUUUUAGAUAUGUUGUUUGUAGUUUAAUUAUUCGGUGCUCAUUGUAAAUAGACAUAAAAUGCAAAAAAUCUAACCUAUUUUUUGUUGUCGUUUAAUAGGUUUAUUAUUUUGUUAUAGGCUUGGCCGUAAGAUAAGAGUGUCAAAUGGAAUAUAUAAUUUGAAAACCAUGUUUGUUUCCCAUGAAAAUACAAAUUCUAGCAAGAAAAAAUUCCAAAAGCCUAAUAUUUUGCGCAAAAGGUCUAACUUAUUAAAUAAGACAUCAACUGUGAGAGCUUCAAAUAAAACUACUACAUAUGAAUCUCCAGAAGUUCGAUCGCUUCUAACCACAUCUUUUAUAAAUGAUCAAAAAAAUAAUGACUUCAACAUAGAAAAAAUAAGAGGAUGUAAAAACAACAAAACAUUUGUGCCUAUGAAGCAAUCUUUGCCGAAAGUAGACAAUAAUAUAAAUAAAGUUGAAUUAGAUACUGCUUCUAAAAAUCAAGCAAAUGUUGAAACAAAGAUAUAUUUUGAAAACAGCCCUAGUAAUAAUGAGGAGAAUCAACAUCAAACUUCCAUUAGUGUGGAGUCAUUGCUAAUGGGUGAAGUAGUCAGACAGAAUAUCCCUAUAUCUGAAAACGAUCUCCAGCAGAAUAAAGAAUUAGAAAAUCAGAGUAAACAAAAAUGGUGUUUAGAUUUUACUCAAGACUCGCAGAAGAUUAUAAUUGAACAUUAUGAUGGGUCCCAGUUUGAAGGAUUAUAUCUAGAUCAGAAAUCAGACAUUGUCAGCACAAUGGUCCCGUUAGCUGCCGUGUCUUCUUUACGUCAAGAUCCACAAACAGUGCAAGACGAACAUUAUACCUCUAUACCUUCAAUAACAAGUUUAGCCAGUGUGCCAUCCUUUGAUGAUCUCUCUAAAGCCGUUUCAUGUGAAGAUUUCAAUUCUGUGGUCACUUUACAAAAUGCAUCAACAAUGUCAUCUACAGAUCAUGUCCUGAGUAAUGUUGAUAGUUUUCCAGCCAUGACCACUAUACAAAAGAUUUCCAUGGAGCAGUUGACUACUGCACCGAUAAGAUUUAAGUGUGAAAUGCCAAAUUGUAAUAAAGAGUUCAUGAGUGAGCAAAAGUUAAGAAAACAUACAAAUUCACACAAUAAAGAGAGCAUCGCAAAAGCUCCGAGACAGACAACAGUAGAGUGCCCCGUUAAAAGGAAUCUGGAAAAUGGACUAGAAGAGCCAUGUGGAAGGAUAUUUCAUGUUAGAGAAGAACUUGCAAAACAUUUAAAUGAAGAGCAUACAAUAGAAGAAGCGGUUUAUAGAUGUUUGGAAUGCAGUCGACGGUUCUUCUGGGCGUCGGGCCUGCGCGCGCACGCACGUGCUCACGCCGUGCGCACGGGGCGCGCCGUGCUCGCGUGUCCGUGGCCGGGCUGCGCGCGCGUGUUCCGCCAGCCCUGCCGUCUGCGCGAACACGCGCGCGCUCACACCGGCGACAAGCCCUACCCUUGCAGCUAUCCGAACUGCGGCUGGUCGUUCCGCACGGCCAGCAAGCUGAUGCGGCACGCGCGGCGCCACACGGGCGAGCGGCGGCACGCGUGCGCCACGUGCGGGCGCGCCUUCCUGCGCCGCGAGCACCUGCGCGACCACGCCGCGCGCCACCACGCGCCGCACGCGCGCCGCCUGCACGCCUGUCCGCACGCAGAUUGCGAGCAAAGCUUUACAAAUAUGAGUUCGCUGUAUAUGCAUAUGAAGAAGAUUCAUAGGAAGGAACAAAACAAUUCCCCUGUAAACCUCAAUAAGAUUGAAAAUCAGGAAUUACCAAAAGCACCUUCAGAUAAUUUAUUCAUGGUCAGUUUAUUAGAACCAAACGCUCUCGAACCCGGCGAGGUAGAGGUGGGCGACAGCAUCGCCGAGUCGCUGGGCGAGGAAGGCCACUCGGCGCGCACGCACUGCACGUGGCCGCUGUCGCGCGCCGAGCACUACCAGCACGCGGACGCCUACGUGCUCGAAGAGGACGUGCACGUCGAGCAAUCAGAAGGAUCCGAAAGUAACAUAUACACAGUAAGGAGUGACCUGUUUCUUCACGGGAACGUUUUGCACAACGAGGACAGCGAGCCGAUGGCGGGCUGCGUGCGCGCGGACGCGGGCGCGCUGGACGCCGAGCUGCUGCUGGACGCGCCCUCCGUGCACCUCGACCAGGAGGAACUGUACACGGAUGCGGUCGACGAGUCUUCCUUUAGAGUGUUUCUGCUUAGCGGUGAGGAACUUGCAUAGAGGUCUAUAUAGAAACUUUCAGCGACAAUGAUUCAUUACAUGUUAUAUCACUCCUAUCCGUGGUGGGUUUACAUAUCUUAUAGAGUUGACCACUAUUUUUUUCUUCUAUAAAAAUAAAACAGGAGAAAAAUAAGAAUCUUGAUAAAAAACUCCUUUUUAGGUAUUAAGUUUAUUUCUGUAGUGCACUUCAAAUAAUUACAAUUUUUUUUUUUGAAAAGUUUGUUUACUCUGUCUUGUAUGCUUGGCCUAUUGGUAAAUUCGCCACUGAUUUCUAGAAAAAAUUGUUAGAUAUAAGAUGUAAUCGAUUACAUAUAACUCAGAAAUCGAUAUCAAUGAGAACACAGUAUAAAACGUGUUCACGACUGAAAUACCAUUUUAAGUUACAAGUAAUGUUUAAUUUAGUUUAUACGAGUUUUCUAAACCUUCAAAUUAUACUUUAACGAGCAUUAAGGAUUUUUCAUACGAUAUAAAUGAAGUAAUAUAACUUGAUGAUAUUUAGAAGUUACUUUAAAUCAUUUAUUUAAAGGUCCAAGUCCAAGGUUCCGUAUUGAACUUUCUAAAUAUGUAUUUACAGUCCGGCCCCUCUUAUAGCAGUUUUUAACGGGUGUUUAGUCAUUUAACAUGAUUAAAAGAGAUAAGUAAGUGUACUUUUCUCUUUUUACCAUCAUUGAUUUUACAUUCGAAAGAACAAGACGCAGCAUUGUUUCCCUAUUCACCCCCUUAAACGAGAUUUAUAGCUAAAGCCGUAAAUGAUAAACUUUCGUUCGAAUAUCUCUUUAAUAUCACAAUAAAAUUAUAACCUAUAGUCGUAUACUAGAUAUCUUCUAAAUACUAAAUAAUAUUUGCCUCCGGGUUAUAUUUUUAACGAAAACAUGUUUUUGAGUGAUGUUCGUUUGAAUGUUUGUCAAUUUAACAUCACACUGUUUUUAAUUUACUGAUUGCAUAUGAAGUUUAAUCGGGUCAUGAACGCGUUCAUUCGAUUGCCUUAGCCUUGCCUCCAAUGAAUUGUCUUUUUUGGUAUUUAGUCCUGGCUGUGUGUCAGGUCGUGACGCCCGCAGAUAAGAAAAUAAUAGCGGUAUGAUCGAGUUCACAAACCGACUAUAAUAAUUAUAUAGAGUUAUUACUUAAAUCUUAGGCAAGAUUUUACGGCAUUAAUUCUGCAUAUAAAAAUGUGUUGUAUUAAAUUUAUGUAAUUGUUAAAAACAUUUGCAAACAUACUAUACAACUAUUGAUUUGAUAUUAUUAGAACUAUUUUAUAGUGAUUAGUUAUAUUACUUAGUCUGGAAAAUUUAAUUUGUAAUGCAUUAAGUUGAUACGUGAAAAAUAUACGAACCUACGGUACAAAUAUCUGUGCAUAUACGAAAUUAAUUAAUAAUGAUAUAUUGGUGCAAUAAAUUUGUUUUUGUUGUUGAUUUUAGGCCAUUUUUAAAAUUUGAUUGUCUCAAUUUUUGAUCGUCAAAUAAAAUAAGUUAUUGAUAAAAAAAAAAGAAAUGUUUAAUAUUUACAUAUUGAAAGGAAAAAACUGUUUUCCAUUUACUUGAUAUAUUAAAAUAUAUCAUCUUAACGUGUUAUGUUUACUUUCGACUGCUUAUAUUAUGUAAGUUAAUAAUAUCACACUUGCUCGAGGACGAUGAGAGUAUUUGAUCUCUACAUGCCUUCUAAAUUAAUCUUUAUGUAUAUUUCUAUAAUAGCAUAAUUUUGUAAUGUUUGUGAUAACGAUUUUUGAUAUGCAUAAUGUACAAUAUGUUACUAAGGUAAGUUUUUAGGUUAGGUUUGUAGGUUAAGGUGAUUGUUAACAGUUUGGAUAGUUUUACCUGACAUGACAAUCUAUUGUUUUUUUUAGUACAACUAUUUGAAAUCCCAGUACGCUGGACGUACGCAACACUAAUUCCUUUUUACGAGAGAGCAAAUUAAAGUAUAUAUUUUCAUAUAUUUUUUAGUUUAAUUUUUAAGUGAAUUUUUUAGGCGCGAUGGGAGUAAAUUGGUGCAACGAUCUUUAUGUUACAUUUGAUAAAAAAAUUGUACUGCAAAAAAGUUAUCUCUUUGCAGGUUUUAUAUGGUUACAUUAUAGCUUAUUUUUUGUUUUAUAACAAAAGGGGAAAUAUUGGCAAUAUCACAAAAAUAAUUAAAAU